AUGUCGCCCCCUCGUCGUCGUCGGCGCCUAUGUUUUUUCCCAUCUCGAUCCGUGGCGAUCCUCCACGCGGUGCACAGGACACGGCAUCCGCAUCGCUGGUGUUGGCUGCGGAAACGUCAUACGGCUGCUGCAAAUACUAGUGGAUCAAAGGCUUCGUCGGCUCAAAUAAACCAUCAUCAAGGUGGUACUGAUAUUCCUCAAGUUGCUGAGAAUAUGAAACAACAAAGUCUUUUUGACAAACUACCGGAGGACAUCUUACAUCAUAUACAUUCUCUCUUACCAAUACAAGACGCUGCUUGUGCUGCCUGUGUGUCUCAUGCAUUCCUGCGUUCAUGGAGAUGCUAUUCCAAACUCAGACUCAACGACUGUGCGCUUGGGUUGAGUCACAUAGAAUUUGAGGAAAGAAAAAUCUAUCUCAUUGACAAAGUUGACAAAAUUCUUAAAAACCAUCAUGACAAAGGGGUGAAGGUGGAGACACUUAGGCUUAUUCUUACCCCUUGCACCAAUAUCAAAGCCUCCUACCUGGACAGGUGGCUCCGAAGAACCGUUAAGUCUGGGUUUAAAGAUCUUUACUUGGAGAUGCCUUUAUCCAUGAAGAAAAUUUACAAAUUCCCGUGUUCAGUUUUGUCUGAUGAGGGAGCUGCAAGUUCAAUUCAGUUUCUUCACAUCGGCUCUUGCACUUUUCAUCCCACAUCAACACUUGGCUCCUUGGCAAGGUUGAAAACUGUAAGAUUGUCUUUUGUCCACACUACCGAGGAAGGAUUGGAGCACUUGUUUUCAAAAUCUUCUAUUCUAGAGGAGCUCAGAAUAUUCGCAUGCCAUGGGAUAAUUUGCUUGAAAAUACCUUGUACGAUGCAGCAUCUUAAGAGAUUUCAUGUUCAACGUUGCAGCAUGCUGCGGGUUGUAGAGAUUGAUGCUCCAAACCUCUGCUAUUUUAACUAUGACAGCGCUUUGCCAGAAAUCUACGUGAGAAAUUGUUCUCAACUUAAGCAUGUACAGUUAUCAUCUGCAUGCCCGUCUGGUGUUCUUUUUUAUGCUCGCACUAGUCUUCCGUCCAUUGCAAGGAAUGUUGAGAGUCUUAUUUUGGUUGGUCGUAGCGAGAAUGCCAACACUCCGUUGCUACAAUCCAAGCUACCCCACCUCAAGAACUUGGAAAUUAGACUCAAAGCAGUCCUCCCCAAAGGCUUCCCUCCAAGCUAUGACUUCUUUUCUUUGGUUUCUUUUCUUGAUGCUUCUCCUGCCUUGGAGUCUUUCACCCUACACGUAAAUGAGUAUGUCAUGACACACUAUCCUGUUGUUGGAGAUAAUGACGAAUGCCCGAGGCAGAAGCUGGACUUGUCGCAUAACCGCCUCAGACACAUGACGAUCACGGGAUUCUGUUCAGCCAAGAGCCUGGUUGAGCUCACGGUUCACAUCCUUGAGAGCACACACUCGCUUGAGCGCUUGACGCUGGACACAACCUAUGACUACAAUAGGUGUAUUCAAGGGCCUGGUACCAUUGGCAAAUGCACUACCUCAAGUAGGAUUGCCAAAUGCUGGCCGAUGAGCAAGAGAGGUGUUGACGAAGCUCAUAGAGCUGUGAAGACUGUUGGUAGAUACAUAGCUGGGAGAGUUCCAUUGGCUGUUCAAUUUGAGCUCAUGGGGCCCUGUAGUCGAUGCCAUACCGGCAGCCGGUAG